GAAAAUAAAUGAUCCAGGUACAGCAAUAAUAGAAUAUGGUAGGCAACAAAAUCGCACAACGAUUGUUCCAUCUCAAAAAUCAAUAAUCAAUUCGGAAACUGAAAAUGGAGAAAGUAAACGGAAAAAGUAUCUACGAAAUAUGAUUAGUCCAACGGAUGAUUUACCUCAUGGUUCCAUUGAUUCAGUAAAGAUGAGAAAUCCGAAAAUAUUUGAAGUGUCAUCGGAAGUUUCGAAAAAGACAACCGGUGUACAAACGGAUGAAACAUUCGGGAUGAAUGGAGACUUACAAUCGAUAUCAAAACCCGUCCGUAUUACUCAGCUUGUGCCGAUAACAGUUAUGCCGAAGGGACGAUUAAAGCGUCCUGUUCGAUCAAUUCGCAGCAGGACUGACUCAAUUUAAAUUUUUUCUGAAAUCCCGUGCCUUAAUGUCUAAAACGCACUAUGGUUUUUCCUUACAAAAUAUUUCAAUCACGGGUAUUUGUCAAACCAAAAAUGCGGAUAAUCUGCAUGAUGUCUACCUCUCAUAUUUGUGAGCACUGUAAAAAACAAUUUAGGUAGAAAGUUAUGC